AUGCCGAUCGUCCCUUUUCUCCGCUCGUUGCGUGAGUACGCGCACGAUGAAAAUAAUGCAUAUCUGGCAAAUACCAACAAGUUUCUUUGGCGCUUGGGAGACGUUACUGGAAGAACAUGGGAUCUCGGUUUCACUGCAUUUGGCGGUCCGCCUGUCCACUUUCAAAUCGAGCACCGUCGGUUCGUCCAGGGUACUCGUGGCCGCAUCCCAUGGAUUGACGAACGAGUGUAUCAGGAGUUGUUUGCGAUUUGUCAGGCUUUGCCUGGACCUGGAAGCACCAAAAUGUUAUUCUGCAUUGUCCUUAUACAUGCUGGCAUUCUUCCUGCUCUAUUCGCUUUCUUGCUCUGGAGUUUACCGGGUGCGAUUGGCAUGUUCUGCUUAUCCUUGGGAGUUCGCCAAAUCGAUGAGGUUCUACCGGCCAUCGCUUAUGCCUUUCUUUCGGGUCUCAACGCGUCCACAGUGGGCAUUGUAGCGCUUGCUGCCGUACAAUUGGCAGAGAAAGCUAUCAGUGACAAAAUCACACGUGUACUUGUCAUCUUCGGGGCCUGCGCUGGGUUAUGUUACACAGCAUUGUGGUACUUCCCAGUCCUUAUCGUUGCCGGCGGUAUUGCUACAGUUAUAUGGGAUUUGUGGCUGGGGCAGUGUAUCCGACAAGUCCGCGCCGAGAUUGCUGCCAGGAAACACAGCCGUUCACGACAAAACCAGCCCUCAAGGCCCGAGGCUGAUGAUUCCAUCGAGCUACCCGAAAAUAACAAUGGACCAGACGAGAACGCUGGCAGUGCCCAACGCCGACACCCAGCAACCUCGACUUCGGACAAUCCAGUAGCUUCACUGAACGAUGACAACCACACGCAUACAAUCCACGAUGUUGAUGCCACCGAUAUGCAAUCCUACGCGAUACCUAUCCCUGUGGGCCUGGCUAUAAUUGCAGGAUUCUUUGCGUCUUUCAUUGCUCUACUUGUAACUCGUGGGGUCCUGUCCGACCCGCCAAGGUUGCUCGAUCUUUUUGCAAAUAUGUAUCUCGCGGGAACUAUUAUCUUUGGUGGCGGGCCAGUCGUCAUUCCCCUUCUGCGAGAGUAUGUUGUCCAGCCUGGAUGGGUAUCUACUCGAGAUUUCUUGAUUGGUUUGGCCAUCAUACAGGCGUUUCCAGGUCCAAAUUUCAACUUUGCUGUGUACUUGGGAGCGCUUGCGAUGAUUGGCACAUCUCACUCUACAGUGUUAGGUGCGUUUGUUAGCUUUGUGGGUAUUUUCACGCCAGGCAUAGUACUGGCUGUGGGCUUCCAAAGCCUUUGGGGACGGUUGAGGAAGAAGCCCCUGGUGAGAAGUAUGUUGCGGGGUAUCAAUGCUGCCGCUGUGGGCCUAGUCUUCACCGCCGUGUACAGACUAUGGGAGAUCGGAUAUCUCACGCAAGAGGCUUCUGGCGGACAAAGUCUGGGACGAAAUCCCUGGUGGGUAGUUGUUACUGCCUUUACUUAUGCGAGUAACGCAUGGUUCAGUGUCCCUGCCCCCAUCGCUAUUGUAAGUGGGGGGGUCUUAGGUCUCUGCUGGUACGGCGCAGUUGGAUCCUGA